AUGUCGAACUCGAGCAGGAAGGACUUUGACGUGAAGCACAUCUUGCGCCUCCGCUGGAAACUGUUCAGUCACCCGGCGGCGCCCGCGGGCGGCUGUUUGCAACCGGACGGCAGCUUCGAGCACUGGGGCCCGAGCCAGAGCCGGCUGCUGAAGAGCCAGGAGCGAAGCGGAGGAGGAGGAGGGGGAGGCGCCUUCUGGAAGAAAGCCUCCUCCGCCUCGCCCUCGCAGUCUUCGGCCGCCGCCUGCCCGCCGCCCUGCGCCGUCUCUUCCCUGCCCCUCAACGGGACGUCGCUGCCGGCCACCCGGCUCCAUGGGCUGGCCGAGCAGCAAGGCCCCCCGCCGGCCCCUCGCACCAUCUUCUACGUCGAAUCUCUGGACGAAAGGCCAGGUGGUGGAGGAGGAGGAAGCAGCGGGGGCGACUUCGCUGAGUUCCCCCGCCCGGAGGAGAAGGCGCUGGUGCUGCGCGAAGUCAAGGGGGAGCCGCUGCCCUUCGCCGAUGGAGGCGGCCGGGCAACAGGUGAAGGCGCCGCGCACAGGCUCUCAGCGACCAACCAUCCUUUGACUCCUCAAUGCGAUAUGGACCUUAGCACUUCUGAAGAAUUCUACCAAGCUGUUCACCAUGCUGAACAGACCUUCAGAAAAAUGGAAAGCUACCUGAAGCAACAGCAACUCUGUGACGUUAUUUUGAUUGCUGGGAACCGCAAGAUACCUGCACACAG